AUGGACUCGUCCAAGACGAAUCAGCAGGAGCAGAAGGACAAGUCGACUCAGAAAAACCCUCUCCAACAGGCGACGGAGAGCGUCCAAGCCUUCUUCUCGGCGCAGGCUGCCAACCCUGGUCCGGCCAUUCCCAAGGAGUUCAAUGUUCAGGAGGAGGGCACCAAGGAAGAGCGUAGGAAGAGGGCUCAGGAACUGAACCGCGACAAGUAA